AUGACAGAAAAGUCAGUGAUACGACGUACAAACGAUAAUGUGAAACAAGAAGUUUCAUUUUACAAUUCGUUAUUCGAAGAUUCAACAACAGCUGAUAAACGAAAAAAUCAAUACAAAAAUUUAGUUACAAGUUAUUAUAGUUUAGUAACAGAUUUUUAUGAAUAUGGUUGGGGACAAAGUUUUCAUUUUGCAAAUCGAUUUCGUGGUGAAACAUUAGCUGAAUCAAUUCAACGACAUGAAUCUUAUUUAGCAUUGAAAAUGAAUUUAAAACCAGGCGAUAAAGUACUCGAUCUUGGUUGUGGUGUUGGUGGACCAUUGAGACGUAUUGCUCAUUUAACCGGAGCACAUAUUACUGGUAUAACCAUUAGUGAUUAUCAAAUUCAACGAGCUAAAAAGAUUGGUGUACCAACUAAUUGUCAGUUCAUUCAAGGUGAUUUCAUGAAAUUACCAUUUGAAGAUAAUAGUUUUGAUCAUGUUUACACUAUUGAAGCCGUAUGUCAUGCACCAGAUAAGGCAAAAUGUUUUGCUGAAGUUAUUCGUGUACUUAAACCAGGAGGUUCUUUAGUUGGUUAUGAUUGGUGUUUAACUGAUAAAUAUGAUAGUCAAAAUCAUGAUCAUGUCGAAACAAAACGUUUAAUAGAAGAAGGUGAUGCAUUACCUGAUUUGAAAUCUACACAUCAAUUGGUUGCGGAUCUGAAAUCUGUUGGAUUUACGGUUGAAGAAAGUCGAAUAAUUCCAGAAGGUGAUAUUCCAUGGUAUCAACCAUUAAAAGGUGGAGAUUCAUUUUUAACAUUAAGCAAUUUUCGUACAAGUUUUUUUGGACAAUUAUUAACACGUAAUACAGUUUGGCUAUUGGAAAAAACUAGAAUAGCUGCUCAAGGUAGUCUAGCAACUCUUCAUAUACUUGAAACAGCAAGAGAUGGAGUUGUACGUGGUGGUGAAAGUGAUAUAUUUACACCUUAUUUCUUUUUUCUUGCAAGAAAAUCUUAA